AUGCAGCGGGACUGCCACACACAUCCCCAAAGUUGCCUGACACGUGUUGACGGGCGGCUCGCCACCGGACUGACCCGGACUGACACGCAGCGCCUUUUUCGAAGUUGGGGGAGGGGCGAAAACAAACAUGUGUCUAGAGUCACAGCACCGCGCAGAGAACUCACGCGCCCACUCCGUGUCUCCCUGUGUCACGCCGCCGAACUGGUUCUUGUCUCAGUGGUGACUCUGAAGCCUGAGGACAUCGAGACUCGGCUGUUCAUCAACGGCAAGUUCGUUGAGGCGACAAGCGGCAGCUACUUCGAGGACGUGAACCCCGCGACCGAAGAGGUCAUCUGCAAGGUGCAGGAAGCGAGCAAAGAGGAUGUAGAUAAAGCUGUGGAAGCGGCGGCCAAGGCCUUCCCUUCGUGGUCCCUGUCCACGAGUGCCUCGACCCGCGCGCUGUUGCUCCACAAACUCGCGAGUCUCGUGGAGAAGCACGCGGACGAACUGGCUUUGAUCGAGUCGCUGGACUCUGGGAAACCCAUCAGCAGCAUCCACGAAAUCGACAUCGCGGGUGUGAUUCGCAUUCUGCACUACUACGCAGGCUGGGCAGACAAAAUUGUGGGAAAAACCAUCCCCGUCGAUAACCCGGAUGAGUACUUCUGCUACACACGAAAGGAGCCUGUGGGCGUCGUCGCAGGAAUUGUCCCGUGGAACUACCCGCUUUAUCUCUUGGUCCUGAAGCUCGCCCCCGCGUUGACUUGCGGGUGCACUGUCGUCAUCAAAACGAGCGAGAAGACGCCGCUCUCGGCGCUGAGGCUCGCGCACCUGAUUAAAGAAGCUGGGUUCCCGCCCGGCGUGGCGAAUAUUCUGAGCGGCUUCGGGCCGUCGGUGGGCGACGCCCUGGCGUCGCACCCCAAGGUUGACAAAAUUUCAUUCACAGGGAGCACGCUGACAGGCAGAAAGAUCGCGGCCGCCGCGCUCGUGCAUUUGAAGCGCGUGACGCUCGAACUUGGAGGAAAAAGCGCGCUGAUUGUCUGCGCAGACGCAGACCUCGAUCGCGCUGCGGAGGUGGCCUUCAACGGCCUCUUCCCCAACUCCGGGCAGUGCUGCGUGGCGAGCAGCCGCGUCUUCGUUCAGGAGUCAGUUCACGACGAGUUCCUGGCGCAUCUGAAGACCUUCGUUCGGGAGCACCUGCAUCUGCUGUGCCCACAAGAUCGAGGCUGCACGCAGGGCCCUCUCGUGGACAAAAUCCAGUUCGAGCGUGUGAUGAAAUACAUCCACCAGGGCAUCUCGGAGGGCGCGACCGUCGCGGCGGGGGGCACCAAGAAGGACGGAAAAGGUUUCUGGGUGAUGCCGACGAUCUUCGCAGACGUGACAGACGACAUGACCAUCGCGAAGGAAGAGAUCUUCGGCCCUGUGAUUUGCCUUCUCAAAUUCCGAACUGCUGACGAGGCGGUGGAUCGCGCGAACGAAUCGCACUAUGGACUCGGCGCAGGCAUCUGCACAAAAGACAUCGGCCUCGCGUAUCACUGCGCCAACAGGCUGAAGGCAGGCAACGUGUUCAUCAACUGCUACAACAAAACAGACAUCGCUGCGCCUUUCGGCGGCUUCAAACAGAGCGGUUACGGACGGGAGGGAGGCGAGGAAGGCCUUUUCCCGUACCUCGAAAUCAAAGCCGUCUACUCCAAAGUCGAUCCACCACACGAAGUGCUGCCUGCGCUGAAAUCCAGGCAGUGA